CAACUGAUGAUGCAUUCAAGAACCACGAAGACUAUUCGUUUUGUUUUUCAGUAGAUUCGCGAAAAUGGGAAAGUGUCACUUUUUACCGUCCAUAUCUGUUCCUAUGGAUGUCACUGAUUACGGAGAAAUAAUACAACAAUUGAUGAACCCUGAAGAAGACAGCCUACAAUAAUCGAGCGCCGAUCUUCCCGACAGACGAGUUGCAAGAUGGCGCAGGCUAUAUUUGAAGUGCUGGAAGGCAUGGACAACCAGACGGUGCUGGCUGUUCAGUCGCUUCUGGACGGUCAAGGUGGAGUUCCUGACCCUAACAGCCAGAAUGUCUCAGGGACGACCACCAUCCAGUCUCUUGAUGAUGAGGACGUGUUUUUGUGUGGAAAAUGUAAGAAACAGUUCAACUCUCUUCCGGCCUUCAUGUCACACAAGAGGGAGCAGUGUCAGUCUGGUGCACCAUCUUUGUCCACCGUGUCGCUGGCCUCCACCAACUCCUACACGCCUGUCCCGACAUCUGUGCCUCAGACUGCAGCCAACAGACAGCAGGUGUCCACCUACAUCACCGUUCCACCGUCUCCUCUCACACACACUCUGGUCCAGGGAAAUGUGUUGGUCAGCGAUGAUAUUCUCAUGUCUGCCAUCUCUGCAUUCAGCUCCAUUGACCAGCCCAUGGCUGCCAUGCAGCCCCCAGUCCAGAGCAACCUGAGUAUGCACACAGCUGGUGUCUCAUAUCUUCAGCACCACCACCACCACCACCACCAUCAUCAUCACCAUCCUCCUCCUCAUCACCAUCAACAGCAACAGCCAUCCCACCCACUGCCUUCCCCCCAGACACCUGCUCACCCCCUCCCAACUGUUCCGCCUCCCCAGCAGCCACUCUCCUCUCAAGUACCAGCGAGCCAUAGUAACUCAGUGGUGCAGGUCUACAGCACGCUGCCCCACAUGGCUUCAGGUGCAAGUGCGGAGGGUCAUACGCUUGGUCUACAGCCGUUUAUUCCAGUUCAAGUUCCAAGCCAGUGUGUGGAGAGCCAGUCCUUCAACACUCCUCCAGUCUACAGUCCUGGGAAGCAGGCAGCCAAGACCAAAACCUGCACCAUUGCGACCAGCAACCUCACAGAAUUGGGAGACUUUGAGAAGGUUAUUAUUCCAAAACGAGCUCACAACUGCAAAAAGAUCACAGACGCAGCCUCAGCAGAGCAGUCGAAAGGCAAAGGUCCGAAGCUGAAAUGUAAUUUCUGUGACAAGAUCUUCUCGAAGAACUUUGACCUUCAGCAGCACAUCAGAAGCCAUACGGGAGAGAAGCCGUUCCAGUGCAUCGUCUGUGGUCGAGCCUUUGCUCAGAAGUCCAACGUUAAGAAGCACAUGCAGACACACAAGGUGUGGCCCAUGGGCGUGGUCAGCACGGCGUCCAGGCUACCGAUCACAGUGAAAGUGGUUCCGGUAACAGCUAGCGAUGAGAGCGGUGGUCAGGACGCCCAGCCGAGGGAGGAGGCGGAGACACAGCAGCCGCAGACCAAUCAGUCGCAAGCAGAAGAGGCGUCAGAGGCACAGAUGGAUCUGGACCAGAGCACGACUGAAGCUCGGACGGAACCGGAGGUCAGCCUGGGUGAGGAUGAACAGAAUGGGCACCCACAGAUUCAGUGUAACCAGAACCAAGAGUGCCAAGCUCCAUCCGCUCAGAUGGUGGUGAUCGACAGCUCGUACCAGUGUCAGUUCUGUGCAGGGAAGUUCAAAACCUACUUCCAGCUCAAGUCCCACAUGACACAACACAAGGGGGAGCAGGUUUACAAGUGCGUGGUCAAGUCCUGCUCUCAGACCUUCCAGAAGUUGGAUCAGUUCCUGGAACACAUCCGGACUCACCAGGAGCAGCUGACGUACCGCUGCCACCUCUGCAGCAAAGUGUUCCCCUCGCUCUUUGAACUGGGAGUCCACCAAUACUCUCACUGCUUCUGCCCACAGCAGAUCACUCGGAAGGAGACCACUGUCUACAGAUGCGCUAAAUGUCAGAGCAGAUAUUCUACUCAGGAGGCCUUGGAGCAACAUCUGCUCACUGCCUCGCACAACUUCCCCUGCCCACACUGUCAGAAGGUGUUUCCGUGCGAGCGCUACUUCAGGCGUCACUUGCUGACUCACGGCGUCGGAGGACGGUUCAAGUGUCAGGUCUGCAAGAAGGCGUUCAAGACGGAGCACUACCUCAAGCUGCAUACGCGCAUCCACUCUGGAGAGAAGCCGUACAAAUGCUCCCUGUGCGAGGCCACGUUCAACCGGAAGGACAAAGUCAAGAGGCACAUGUUGAUCCAUGAACCCUACAAGAAAUACAAGUGUCCCUUUAGGACUCACGUUGGCUGCACCAAAGAGUUCAACAGACCUGACAAACUGAAGGCUCACAUCCUCUCACACUCUGGAAUCAAACCGUACGAGUGUCUGUUCUGCCAAAAAGCCUUCAGCCGCCGCGCACACAUGAUCGAACACCAACAGUCGCACACCAAUAACUACCGCUACAGAUGCUCCACCUGUGACAAAGGCUUCACCAGGCAGAGCUACCACCGAGACCACAAGUGUCCGGCCGCGGCAGGCAGCGGGGCUGGGAGCGACAGUGGUGUGGCAGAUGGCGAGGAAGCAACGGGUGACACCAUGGAGGAGGAGGAGGAGGAGGAGGAGGAUGAUGGACGCAGAAGUGAUGGAGAAGAGGAGGCUGAGAAAGAGGAGGAGGGGGAACAGGCAGAUGAAGGCUGUGAGCAGCAGCAGGACAGUGACAAAGCUGUGGUGCUUCAACAAAGCGACCCAAACUGCCUGCAGACGCCAUGCUUGUAGUUGAAAAGCCUCCUGUCGACUCGCAGGUGUUGUAUUAAGAUUUGAGAUUCUAUUAGACUACAAAAACUUUUCAUGUUGAAUUCAUCAAGAGAAAGGUACUUUCACAAACAAAACUUUACACGUAACACUUCAGGUUAUUUUAAUCCACUUGUCCUGUAAUUCACUGUCUGCCAGACCCUCUGUCUUUUGCGAGUCAAGUUUUAAAGACCAAACGAUCUCAGUCGCUUUCUUUUAAAAGUGUCUGAGAAAUUAAAUGUUUUAAAUUAAAACAUUUUGUUAAAUUGUAUAUUAGCAUAUUUUUCUAUGUCUACUAUUAUUUUUGUACAUGAAUGAUGAAAAGAUUAUUUAUUUUAAAACCUUUAUUUUCUGUUAAAUAAUGCCGCUUCAUUAAAAUAUUUCUACACUGGAGUCACUCUUGUGUUUUCUGUUCCUGAUUUUUAAGUAUUUUUAUUUGGCAGUUGAAUUUACUGUAAAUGACAUUGAAACUUU